GACGACGGACAUGCGCGCUAGGCUUAUGAAUGAAGUCGACAACUUCUUGUUUACUCGAGUUCACUAGGCUACAACCUUUUCGCUUGUGUAUCGCCCGUCUGCCGAAACUAGACUGAACUAUUGAGAUCGUGAUAUAAUUGGGAGUAAAACCUCAGCUUUAAAUAAAUUCAAGUGUUGGCUAUGGGAGAGUAGGACCUGUGAAACUGAAACUUUGAGAGCGAAACUGAAGAGGAUUUGAGCGGCAUGACCUAAACUCGGAGCGUGUGCAUGCUGCAACGUUAGGCCUAUACGACGUUAGUGUGUUCGGUGUCAAUUCUUGCCUAGCAUCAGCGAUUUGUCUUUGCGUGUGGAGUGCAAAUAGAAAAUCCAACAUGACUGCAACUGCGCAGAGAGUGAGAGAAAAGACAGGAGAGUGGUCGUCCAUUUUCCCUCCACAGCAGAUAUCCGAGACACAAUCGGCUCUCUUCAUCAAGAAACUACUGGCUGUAGCGGUCUCCAACAUCAUGUACCUCAGGACAAUCUUUCCUGAGCAUGCCUUUGGGGAUCGAUGCUUGGAAGAUCUGAAUUUGAAGAUAUUGCGUGAUGACAGUGCGUGCCCUGGGGCAUGUCAAGUGAUCAAGUGGGUCAAAGGUUGCUUUGAUGCACUGGACAAGAAAUAUCUUCGAGCACUUACCAUUGGGAUUUACGUUGAUCCAAAUGAACCUGAUACUGUGAUUGAGUCUUACACCUUCAAGUUUUGCUACAAAGGUGAAGGUAUCAAGAUAUACAGGAAUGAUACGAAGAUUGCCGGGGCGACCACGGAGGCAGAAACCAAGAAGGCAACGACUCGCCUGCUCCGUACCAUCGUCGUACUGACACAGAGCCUCAAAUCUCUCCCUGAUGAUGUCAUCAUCACCAUGAAACUUCUCUAUUAUGACGACGUCACCCCAGCUGACUAUGAGCCGCCAGGCUUCCAAGCCGCUGAGAAUGAUUUGUUCCACUUUGAAGAGGAGCCUAUGAACAUCAAAGUUGGAGACGUGUCAACUUCAUUUCACACUGUGAAGCUACGAAUCAAGACGGACCGUAAGCAAUUCGAGCUACGGGAGGACAAAGCAGAGGAAGAGGGUGAUGCGGUUGCCAUGGAGACGGACAAUGAAGAAGUGGUCAGCAACUCGGCACUUGACGAGGAGGAAGCUGAUGUGAUUCUUCUUGAGGAAGAUCAGGAGGUGGCUGCAAAACCAGUCAACGUGAAGGCGCCCAAGCUGGAAAAAGACAAAGAUCGGUCUGAAGCCCAGAGGAAACCACCAAAGAAGAGCCAGACUGAACCUGUUAGCUGUGAUGUACCAGCCAGUAGCCCCCAUAGGCCUGCCAAAGUGGACGAAGCAUCAACUCCUGCUUCAUCUUCCUCAUCCAACAUGCCAUUCAUGAACGAGGAACAAGAAGAGAACAUCGUUCGCUGCCCUUGUGGAUGCAAUGAGGAUGACGGUUUGAUGAUUCGUUGCGAGGAGUGUAAACUGUGGCAACACGCCGUGUGCUUUGCAAUCAUAUCAGAAGAUGACGCCCCAGAGCAACACGUCUGUAACCAGUGUGCAAAGAUUGUUCCCCGUCACAUGAAGCCCACAGACCCCUACCUGACCACCCUAGCCCCCGUGGUGCUCCAGGCAACCUGUCUCUGGCGCCGCGCCUUGCUUGCCGCCACUGAGAUGGACCGCAUCCUAGUGCCCAACUUCUCCCGUCGUCUGGGCGUGGAGAUCACCGUUGCUCAUGGGCUGAUCAAUCGGCUGGAGAAGGAGGGAUACUGCCAGAAUGCCAAGGGAAAGAGACUCGGCAGACUCGUGAACAAGGAGAAACUGAAGUCCGAGGGAUUUAAGAAGUACUUUGAGAAGAAGGGACGAGGCAAUGACAUCCCCGCCAAGAAACCAGACAAAGCCAAGCCGAGCCAGGAAAGUCCAAAAAGUCAGAAACCUGCGUCCCAGAGAGCCAAACAAAAAAUCACACAGGUUGACAAGCUUGCUGAGCAAACUGCCGGGCUGACCAUGACUGGACGUCUCCGGCCUCGCCAGACAACUCAAGAUGCUCCUCCUAAACCUGCCUCCUCUGCAUCCUCUCAACAAGACGCAUCAUCAACUGCUCCAAAGGCUUCCUCUCAGCAGAGCAAGAAGAAAGACGGGAAGAAAGCUCAAGCAAGGCAGAAGAGAGCAGUGCCUCUGAACGAUGAUCGAUACGAGUUUGAGUUGUCCAGCAGCCAAGAUCCAGACCAUCAGGAGUUGGGAGGACGUGGACGCAAACGUCGCAAGUCCAGCAUCGUUACUCGCACAGUCAUGGUAUGAAAUAAAAGAAAGUCACAUUCGACUUUUCCUUCCCUUUCCAUCUCUCAACACACUUCCAACUUAAAAAAAACCAAAAAACAAAAUAAAGUUCAAUUUUCUGAUGUGAACGUCAGUGUUUUGAUGUCUUCCAAGUCGCAAGUUUAAGCUCCGGUUGCAAUCUAAUUAUUCUUUUCGAUAACAUUCUUUUUAGUUUAAAUUGUAUAUGAGAAAAUGAUAUUUUGUUUUUAUAGUUUUAAAAAGUUUUAAGGUAUGAAACUUUUCCUCGGCUCAUCCGAUUUCUUUGUUUUUUCACUUCACACUUAUGCCAAAGAUUAAAAAAAAAUGUAUAAAUUCUUGUAAAGCAUGAAAUUUCCUCUUUUUAAAUUAAACUUGGCGGUAAAUGUACAAUUGAUUUGUCAAUUGUUUUUUUUUUUGGGGGGGGGGGGAAUUUCGUGAAAGCAAAUUAAGUAAUCAGUUAAAAUGCAAACUUUUGCUUUUACGAUAUAUUCUUAGUUGCAACAGUUGCAAUAUUUCUACAAAAGGAAUUUUUCAGCAAAGAUUGUUACAAAGAUAAAGUGGAUUACUUUCUUUUUGAUGUUUUGAAGGUGUAAUUAAUUAAGCCUAAUACAUAAUAUAAAUUUGAAUCAAAAAUUAAUAUAUAAAAUAAUAAAUAGACCUAAAUUCAAAUGCAAAAAUUAUAAAAGACUUAGAAUUCAAAAAUCUGUUAAAAUUUGAGUAGAAUGAAUGAAAUCCUUGAACAAGUUUUAUUGAAAUAUUGAAUUAAUUAAGAGUGUAAAGUAAGUUUUUAGUGGCCUUUUGUAGGAUUUGUUGAAAUUCAUGUCAGUUUUUGAAUUCUUUGAAAAAAGUUGAAGCAGAGUUUUAAACCUGAUUUCUGAAAUAACUUACAAGUAUUUGCGGGCUUUUGUUGGUAGUUUUGUGGUUUUCACUUUCAGUGGCUAAAAAGUCUUAAAAUGUUUCCAGAAAUUAUUGCCAGUUUUUAUUGAUAGGUCAAACAGGCAAGACGGAUAACUGAUACCAAGAAAUAUGCUGAGCUUUACUUUUAAGAAAUAAGCCAGAGCUCUUUUAUUCCAGUCUAAAAAGAAGACAUAAUGUGAAAAGUCACAUGUAUUCCUUAAUAAGUAAUAAUUUAAUUUUAAAAUGUAAUGUUAUUAUAGUACAUGUAAUAUAAAUGUUAAUUAUGUUCUAAGAAUACACGUUUAAGGUAUAUUUCAAAAAUUAUUUAAGAAUGGAUUUGUUAUUUUAAAAGCAGUAUGGUGUGUUUAAUUGGUUCAUGUUGAAAAUAUUCUCAUUUUUACUAACUGUUCAUUUAAAUUAAUUACAGAGUUUAGAAAAACUAUUUAAACUUUCAU